AUGAGAUGCCAGUAUCCAGAACAAUAUGUGGACAGCGGAUUGGAUUUGUACAAGGAAUCGGAAAUUCCACAAGAGAAGCUGUGUCUUCGCUACCCUCUUAACGCUUCUGCGGUGGUUAGAGGGAUUAAUUCGUAUAUCUCACAAACUGCAAUUCGGGGUGUAUUGAUGGGACAAAAGGGUUUGCUCAAAGUCGUAUCCAGACUAUACCAUUUUCAGAUAAAUAUGACAAUAAUCGACGGAGGCGGAAAGGAACUCAAGCCUGCCUAA